AGAGCCAAGGACCCAAAGUCAAGAAUAGCAACUACUCCAUGCAGACGAGCGGCUACUCAUUCAAGCUAGUUCCGGACUACUCCCAGUUACUUGGAUUAAGAGCUACCCCGUGCAUCACAUACCUCAUCGCUCAGGUCGCACAAGCAAGUCUCGGCGGCAUCAUUCCAUUAUCGGGCAAUAUGUGUCCAAGUACUUAACACCGCGUCUUGUUCCCAUUACCUCGCCAGAGCCAUCAAGUCACUUGAAACAUCCUCCGAUAUCCGCUUUCAAAACACCAUGAUGCUAUCGACCCUCCUCCUCACCCUCCUCAGCACUCUCGCGCUGGCUGCACCCGAGCCAUGCACGACCUCUCAGUCCUAUCAAACAACUCCUCUGUCUGAACUUUGCACGUACAUCUGUGCCGCAAGUCCAAUCGAGGACUGUGGCCGAGGAUGGUACUCCAAGCAACAAGGCUCGUGCUGGGCAUGCUGUAAAUCGGCUGUCCCGCCUAUACCUCUGCCAUCGCCGCCGAAGCCUGAGCGCUGUACGCGAGUUUGCGCUCCCGAGGCUAUUCAAGACUGUCCGCAGGAUUGGUACUCGAAGCAAAAUGGUGGAUGCUGGUCUUGCUGCUCAGCCAUUUCACCUGUUCCACCACCGUCCCCCAAACCUGAGCGUUGUGCGAGGGUUUGUGCUGCUGCGGAGAUACAGGAUUGCGCGGAGGGAUGGUACAGUAAGCAGCAGGGUGGUUGUUGGUCUUGCUGCCAGAGCGAGUGAGGAGAUUGAGGAUCAGAUAUAUUCGGGAGGACUUCGUAUGGUUUUCGACUAAGAGAUUCAGGACAAGACGAGAGAGCGUGCUUACAAUAAUACGCCAUUGCACGAUGU